GGAGCGAAAUGAGAAUGAGGCAAGAUGGCGGCGAAUUCCAUCGCAAACUUACCUCAGUUUGAUUGUCCGACAUGGGCUUAUUGGGGUGUGGUGGAUGGUUUUGUUUCCAGGGCUGGAAAACCUCCCCCAGGGCUCCAUUUGGACGUGGUGAAAGGGGACAAGCUGGUGGAGAAGCUGAUCAUUGACGAAAAGAAGUACUACCUGUUUGGGCGUAACCCGGACAUCUGCGACUUCACCAUCGACCACCAGUCCUGCUCGCGCGUCCAUGCCGCCCUGGUGUACCACAAGCACCUCAAGAGAGUCUUCCUUAUUGACCUCAACAGCACCCAUGGCACAUUUCUGGGGCACAUCCGUCUGGAGCCACACAAGCCGCAGCAGGUCCCCAUCGACUCUACGGUGUCAUUCGGUGCAUCUACGCGGGUUUACACCAUCCGGGAGAAACCACAGACGCAGCCUGGCUCAGGCACCGGGGACAGUAAGACCGGGGAGGAUGAGGAUCUCAAAGGGCUCCUCGGACUGCCAGAGGAGGAGACGGAGCUGGAGAACCUGACUGAAUUCAACACAGCCCACAACAAGCGCAUCUCCACCCUGACCAUCGAGGAGGGAAACUUGGACAUCCAGAGGCCCAAGCGUAAGAGGAGAAGCUCCCGGGUCUCAUUCAGCGAGGAGGAUGAGGUUAUUAACCCAGAGGAUGUGGACCCCACUGUGGGACGCUUCCGGAACAUGGUUCAGACGGCGGUGGUUCCAAUCAAGAAGAAGAAGCAGGAUGGUCACAUGGGCCUUGGUGUGGAGGACGGGACCUCUCGCCGCGUGCACACCUUCCCCUUCAGCGGCAGCCUGUACGGGGACCUGCCGCCCGCCAGCCACGAGGCGAACGUCCACCCGGCAGGGGCCCCGUGCGGCGCCGCCAUCAUGGGAGGGCUGCCGCUGCCCUUCCCCAACCCAGCUCCCGAGGUUGACCUGUCCCCCACCACUGCACAGCCACCUGUCACCCUCACCAUCAGGCCUGCCCCCGGCCCUUAUGCCCCCGAGGCUGUCAAUGAGCCCCGCAAGAAGAAGUAUGCCAAGGAGGCGUGGCCUGGGAAGAAGCCCACCCCUUCCUUGCUUAUAUAGCCCCGCCUUGGACCAUUUGGUACUGGGACUGAUAUCCGUACUGUGCUGGGGUUGAAUGGACAGAGGCCUCGUGGCAAAGCAGUCACCACUGGCUGGGACAUUUCCUUGUCAUCUCCAUAUUCCCUGCCCCCUGCUUUGUUUUUUUCUUACUUUUUUUUUUUUUUUUUUUAAACAUUUAAAGAGUCAGGACCAUCAGCAUUCUGCUCUGCCCCACCCUCUCUGGUCAUGUGAUGCGUUACUGGCGAAUCAGAUGGUAACAUGUUGACUCUGCGUGUUCAGGGUGUCCCAGUGUGCUCAGGAGUCAUGACUCUCGGGCUCCUAAAUGGCACCGACCUUAGAGCGUGCAGCUGGCUCUACUUUGGCGAGUCUGUCAUCGCUGUUACUCUACAAUUGAUACAAAAAAGUGAGUCCUUACAGGACCUCUAUGGAAAAAAAAUAGGCCGGCUCAGCUAUCUGUAUCUCACAUGCUGCGGGAACCUCCCGGGGGGGCAGGGGGCGGAAACGUGAAUGAAGGGGGACAGCAGUCACAGCUGAUGGCCUGGGAGGGGCCAGGUGACACGGAUGCCAUGCAGCUAUGUGGAUAUGUGUCCGUGUGCUGGCUUAUGUACCAGGUGGCUGCCAGGGCUGGGUUUAAACUAGUAGCAUAGAGCCUCGAACCCAACACCUCUGCACUGUGCUUGGCUCUGAGUCGCUGCCAUUUUUUCAUUCAUGGUGUUAUGAUCUGUGCGGUUUUAGAACACAACUUCAGACAGGCCCCUACCAGUAAACUCUAUGGUUAAUUAUUAGCAGCGAUUUGCUCUUGCUGAUUCCUUACUGCUUUGCCUGUAAGGGAGCUUGGUAAUCCUGGACGAGGGUGCACUGCACAUUGCCCACCUGUCAGUGAAUGCUGCCUUUUCAUUGGCUGAAAACAGUGAUUGGCAGCUCAUGGUAACGCCUCCCACUGUGGAUUUUUGACCCUUUUAUUAUUUGACUAGCUAGCAUGGUGAAUAUCCUGAGUUGCAGUGGCACCAAUCCACUAGUGGGCUACAUACACUUCAGCUCCCCAGGGAUGACCGUUGACAGCUGUUGGAUGAUACUGUCUUCCUGUAGGGGGCGAGUUUGUGUCUCACUGCUACACGCUAACGUGUGCCUGCACCUGUCAGCCUGUCCCAAAGCUGUAGCCCUGUGGCUCUCCAUAAACCCCAGCCAAUGCAGAGAAUUUCCUAAGCUCAGCCGUCUAGGAAACCAAGGUUUGUUUAGUUUGGUGUCUGAGGGUUUCCAGAGGGAACUCCUACUUUUAUGACUUUUAUUUGUAGUAUUUUUUUUCCUCCAACUGUGAAUACAUUUCUCUCUGCUUUGUACAGUUCUGUAAAUUUGUUAGAGGAAUCUUUUAACAGUUCAAACUUUGGAGCCUGUGAGAUGCCCUCCUCUCUACAUUAAACGCCGGCCAGUUUUUUUUCUAUGUC